CAUAGCUCUGAACACAGAGGGGAAAGAGAGAGAGGGUGAAAGAGAGAGGUGGAGAAAAACAGCUAGAGAACGACCCCAUUUUAAGGAAAAAAAUCAACAAGGCUCUGUCACAUGCAUGAGGGUGACAGUACCACAGCUGCAACAAUAUAUCAUCCAUAUAUAUCAAGAGAGGAGAGAGAGAACAAGAAAAAGCAAUAGACAGAGACUUCUGGGCAGCUAUAAAAAUAAUUUUGCUUCAAACCUUUGCUGUUACCCUUACUCUUCCUGCAGGUAAAUCAGGAAACAGAGAAAGAGAGAGAAAGAAAGGACUGAGUGUAGUAGAAACUGCUGUGAGUAGCUUAUACAUUAAUGAAACUGGCAGAAAAAGAAUAUAAAAAGAGAAAGAAAUAAGGAAAGAAGAGAGACUAGAGAGAUAGGGGAAAGAAAACUAUAAAAGCAAGACCUGCUGCCAGCUGCCGUCACAGAGACACACACACACAGAAUUGUGGUUGACUGCUGCUGUCAGGCUGUGGCACACUUCAAGUAACGUUACCUAAGAAGAUGGCAGCUUUUCCACUACUGAUGCAUCUGUGGUCAAGAGGGCCACGCAGGCGGAUUCCUAAAUUUUGGCCCACUCAGCAGGAUGCGGUUGAUCAAGAUCUGAAUGGAACCCAGUUCCCACAGUCGCCAUACAACGGCAUGAGUGACAUUCUGACUGGGGAACGGACGCUCAGCGCCGUCCUAAGCGAGCACCCGGGGGAACUUGUACGGACUGGCAGUCCAAACUUCGUCUGCUCAGUCCUUCCGUCACACUGGCGAUCCAACAAGACUCUGCCAGUGGCCUUCAAGGUUGUGGCUUUGGGAGAAAUCAAAGACGGGACCAAAGUGACUAUUGCGGCUGGUAAUGAUGAGAAUUAUUCGUCGGAGUUGAGGAAUGCUGUUGCUUACAUGAAAAACCAAGUCGCCAAAUUUAAUGAUCUCAGAUUUGUGGGAAGAAGCGGUAGAGGCAAGAGCUUUAACCUGACCAUAACAGUAAGCUCCAACCCCCCACAAAUUGCUACCUACCAGAAGGCGAUCAAAGUCACAGUUGAUGGUCCAAGAGAGCCAAGAAGCAAGACAAAAUUACGCACAGAUGACCGUCGCAUUCACCAGCAUCACCACCACCAUGGUCUGCGUCCUCCACCCCCCCUGAAUCCACCAAUGGAGAGAAUUCUUACAGACCCUCUCUCAGAUCAUGCAUUCUCCUCACAUCUAGCGGAGUUGGACCAGCUGAGGCGCAGCACGCAUUCUGUAGACAGUGGACUAGGCCGACUUAGCGAUGAUAUAAACUUACAAAACCAAGUUACACACAGUCAGUGGGGUAAUGGAUACCAGACCCCUUCCUAUUCCAGAAUACCCCCAGGCCAGGGAGGCCAAGUCCCCCACUCUCUCCCUGCCCCGGACACAGUCAUGGGCUCACAAGGUCUGCCAACAGACACCCCAAUUUCAGAAUCUCGAUUUCCCAUGUUACCAGUUAGUGGCAUUGACAAUAUGCCUCCUCGCCAUGAAAACCAGACAGCUAUGGACCAUCAACCUACACUCACAUUACUGGACAGCAAUAGAGAUAACAGACAGAGUGGUGGAUCCCUGCCCCCAAACAGCAGUAUGAACCCAAGACAUGCUCUAGAUUCAGUAAUAUUGCCCAAGUAUCCAGAGCUUCGCCUACCAGAACCACGUUUUCCAGAGUCCUCAAGAUCCAUGUACGCAGCGGGAGGUGAUACUGGCAGUAUAUCAAAUUAUCGCAAACCACCCACAUCAUCGAAUAUGUCCAUAUUGGAGGAAAGUCGCACAAUAACAACUUUGCAUUUGCCGCAAGUUUCACACAGUAACUAUCCCAUAAUAUCUCCUGGAUUACUGGGCUCCAGCAGCCCUCCUAGUCACUCCUUUCUGAGCUCACCACCGCCAUCAGUGUUGCCAUCUUCCUUCUUGUAUCCACAUCUGUACACAUCGCAGGCGUCACAGUAUCAGUCCAACUUGCUCAGUUUAGCAGGCGGUGAUCUUCGUUCAUAUGAUCUGCUAGGUCAGAGAAGUGAUGCCCAGCUUGACCAAGGGUUGAGAUCGGGACUAGCAUCGCUGCCAUCAACGACCAUGGCACCAUUAGAAGGAAAGGGUGCUCAGCCAUUGCAGCCAUUGCCACCUGAUCAUAACCACCCAGAUGGAGACCCUAGCUCAGUAUGGCGUCCAUACUGACUAUAUGGACUGGAUGGAACUGAUGAACGAUUUUGGUAAAAUUAGGGACACUAUAUGUGCUCAUUUGUAAGCCAUGUGACUGUCAGUAGGCAGCUUGUACUGGAAGCUUGGCUGCCUCAUAAGGCAGAGACACUUUAGGGCAGACAGCACUAUGAGGAUAGUGACAUAGAAAACCCUAGCAGAAUUUAUAUACAUGGGGUUUAUACAUAAUAUUUGAUUUGAACCAGUAUUGUAUACAAGAGAAAGACAGAAAGAGAGUGAGAGAGAGAGAGAGAGAAAGGAGGGUGUAAAGCACUGCAUUUACAAGUAUGAAUCUUUAUUAUCAUUAUUAUUCACUCUGACUUGUCACUGGUGUUACUGUGGUGCCGUACCCAGUGUGUUUGUGCUUUAUUUAUUGAACUCAAGUGUGCACACAGGACCAUUUCUCAUGUCUCUGAAAACUAAAGCCAUUUACCAAAGUAUAGUGCCUUGUGUCGUGAAAAUAUUUCUCUUUGCAGUGUACCCGUUCAUGAUCUCAUGUUUUCUAUGUUUGCUUUGUUUAUGUGUAUGACCUUUAAGUUAAUGAUUAAGGAUGUAAAAGGAUGUUUGUAUGUAGACACAUAUGAGGAUAAACUCGAAUACUCUCUUUACUUUUGAGACUAGUCAUUACCUUGGCAGUGAGCCAGAUUUGGUUGAAACUGAAAACAUGUAUAUUAGUGGAGGGUUAUUUAAUGCAUGAAAUACAGAAGGAUUUACUUUAACAAUGUGGAUUUUUUUUCAUUUUCUCUUUAUUUGUAUUAUAAAUAUAGUAAGUAUCAUGUGCAGGUGAAACUGGGUGUUGUGAUGGAAAUUUAAACUUACAUUCAUGUAACAGCACAAUCUGUUGUUUUGUAAGUAUAAUGUCAACACAUACAACUAUUUAGACUUUGAGUGGCAGACAUUUUCAACUUUCCAUCUAAUAUAUAUACAUAUAUAUAUAUAUAUAUAUAUACAUGUGUGUGUAUACCACAUACUUAAGUCACUGUUUCUGAAUGAGGAUCAACAUGACAAUGCAAAACAUAUACAAACAUCUUCACUUUUGGUGGAGUCAUUCCAGAGCUCAGUCUUUAGUAAUGCAUGUAUUAUCCUUUUACCCAUUAAGGAUGUAGAAACAGAUGUCUUAAUAUUUGCUUCAGUAUAUCUGAGUAGUCGCUUUCCGACAGAAAUCAAAAGUAAAAUGUAUGAGGAGACAGAGAAAAAGUGGUUUUGGCUGUUCUCGCUAAAGUGAUGUCAAUUUGUGAAGAAUGUUUUUUAUAUAUAUAUAAGGGGUUUGUUUGUUCUCAAAGAACAGAAGAGAUUUUUAAUGUAUAAGAUUUUGAUAGAAGUUAAGAAAAGAAAAGCACAGGAGGGGGCUAUAAUGGUGCUGGAAUUACUUCAUUCCUUCUCUGUGUUGUGCAACGUCUUAACAGGGUUCCCACUUUUGGUACAUUUUGUGAAUUUUUUUUUAAAGAAAUAUUUACGUGUCAAUAAAUGGUGAAAUUGUA